AUGGCGAUUCUCUCUUCAAAUUCACAAUCUAUUCCUCUUAGUGUAUUUGAUAAGGUCACUUACAACACCCACAUAGCUGUUAUUUAUGCCUAUCGCUCAACACCACCCAGUCAAACCAUUGAAGCUUGGCGCUGCAAGGCCUUAUCAGAAUUUAGGGAAUGGGCAGGAAGAUUCAGGAGAAAUGAGAAAGUGAUCCUGUCAUUUUUUCUUAACGACAAAGUGAAGUUAGUCGAGGCAUCAGUGGACAGCAAGCUUGAUGGAUUGAUGCCUCUAAAGCCAUCUUCAAUAUUACUCAGUCUUCACCCUAGCUUAAAGGAUGUUGAGGAGCUUGUGCAAGUUCAGCUCACAAGGUUUACUUGUGGCUCAUUAGUGAUUGGCUUCACAGCCCAUCAUUUAGUAGCUGAUGGUCAAUCCACUAGCACUUUCUUAGUUGCUUGGGGAAAAGCUGCUAGAGGACUUGACAUAAGCCCCCUUCCUUUUCAUGAUCGGACCAUUUUUAAGCCUAGAAAACCUCCAAUUUUUGAGUUUGAACACAGAGGAGUUGAAUUCAAAAGCAAGGUCGUCAAAGAUUUUCAUAAUUAUAAUAAUUGUCUGGAUAAUAACUUUGCAGAUGACAUUGUUAUCCAUAAAGUACACUUCACAUUAGCAUUUCUUUCCAAGCUCAAAUUCAGGGCUUCUCCACCAUCUUCGACAAACAACAAACCUUAUAGCACUUUUGAGUGCUUAGUUGCUCAUUUGUGGAGAAGCAUAACAAAAGCUCGAGGACUCGGCAGGUUUGAAACCACCAGCGUGAGAAUUUCAGUCAAUGGUCGCAAUCGAAUGAGUCCGCCAGUACCGAAUGAGUACUUCGGUAACUUGGUGCUAUGGGCAUUCCCAAGUUCCAGAGUUAAAGACCUAGUGAAUGAGCCAUUAUCUCAUGCUGCCAAGCUCAUUCAUGAUGCCAUUUUAAAGGUGAACAAUAACUACUUCAAGUCAUUCAUAGACUUCGCCACCCAUAAGGCGGAGAAUGAAGAAGAGGAAUUGGUUCUAACUGCGGAGAUGAACAAAUCAGCUUUAUGCCCUAAUUUGGAAGUUGAUAGUUGGCUAAGGUUUCCAUUUUAUGAUCUUGAUUUUGGAGGAGGGAAUCCAUAUCUAUUUAUGCCUUCUUAUUUUCCAACUGAAGGAAUGUUGUUUCUUCUACCUUCAUUCAUCGGUGAUGGGAGUAUUGAUGCUUACAUACCUCUUUUCCUGGACAACGCAGCUACCUUCAAAGAAAUUGUCUAUUCACUAGAAUAAAUUUCCAGGAUAGAAUUUUCUCUUCUUUCUCUUUUCAUUUUUCAUUUUAUUCUUCGCAGCUUCUUAGAUUGAAGUUCUUGU